AUGCCUAAAUCUUAUAUUUUUUUUAAGGAUGUUGACCUCGAAGAAGAUGACGUUGAUGUGGUUGAUGUAGAUGUUAAAAUAGAAGGUGAAGAAGUUCAUGUCAAAUCAGAAAGAGAACAAUGGUCGAAGGAGUUCACAGCUUACGAGAGUACAGAAUUUGAUUUGUCUCAAAAGUCACAGUUGGAGAUGUACUUAGAUGAGCCAAGAAGUGACAUAGAUGAGGAUUUAGAUGUUCUAUCUUUUUGGAAAGCACAUCAAUAUUGUUAUCCAGAGCUUGCUUCUAUGGCUCGAGAUAUUUUAAGCAUCUCGGUCUCCACUGUAGAAUCCAAAUCUGCCUUUAGUAAUGGUGGUCGUGUUCUUAAUCAAUAUCGAAGUUCUUUGAAGCAUGUUAUUGUUGAGGCUAUAAUGUGA